AUGAGUGUACGAAGUUCAACGGUUGUCUUCUUUCUUGCAUUGUGGGCAUCGCUGGUGGCGGGUGUCGUUCUAGCCGGGGAGGACACGAACACGUACGGCGAGGGCGAGAAGUUGCGGGUGUAUGGCAACAAGAUCGGGCCGCUGCACAAUGCAUUCGAGACGUAUGAUUUGUUUCGCGCCCCUGGAUGCCCCCCGGCAAGUUGGGAGCAGCGGGCGCCCACGUUGGGUCAGGCGCUCGUGGGUGACGAGCUCUACGAGUUAAACGUAUCAGUCAACUUCGGCGUCAAUGUGAAGCGAGGCGUUAUUUGUCUGUUUUCGCCCUCUGAGGAAGACGUGGCCCGUUGGCGUGAGAUGAUUCUGGCGGGCUACACGUACCAGCUCCUCAUCGACGAGUUACCGCUCUGGGCGGCGUUCGGAAAGGUUGUCAACGCCGUACCAAUGAUUUACCUGCAUCGUGCCUUUCACCUCGGUAUAAAUGGGCCACGGCUUGUCAAUGUCACACUAGAAACGGCGGGUCUCGAGGAACUCUGUGCAGCCAAGACAUACGUCUUCACGUACUCCACUCAUUUUACUGCAUCGAAUAUCAGCUUUGAAAAUCGUUUCGCGAAGUACAUGGAAGAGGAACUGAUUGAGCCCAGGAUUCGAUGGUUCGCCAUCGGCAACUCUUUGGUGUUGGCUGUGUUCCUUGUCAUUGUCGUUCUGGUGAUCCUUUCUCGUGUGAUUCGCACGGACUACCAACGUAUCGAGCAAGAGCUUCGGUUGCGGGAUGAGGGGACCGACGACCUUGUUGACAGCACAGGCUGGAAACAGCUCUAUGCAGACAUUCACCGCGUGCCUUCGUAUCCGUCGCUCUUGUGUGCCUUACUAGGUACUGGGGUGCAGCUCUCUGUGGUGUUUGUGCUUGGAGUCGCAUCCGCGGCCUACUUUAGUCUGCGCCGGAGCUCCUCGCAGGAUGCUGUCACAGUUGUGGCUCUGUUGUAUGCCCUAACUGGCGUGGUGGCGGGAUGUGUGUCCUCGGUGCAGUUCCUGCGGUACGCGACGUUAAGCCCUGCACUUUCCAAGAAGUGGAUGCGUUGCAUGGAGUUUACAAUGUCCGUGUUUCCGCUCUUUCUUCUGUCCUGUGGGACCAUUACGAACAUUGUGGCACAUCUCUACGAGUCUGCGCGGGCGGUGCACGUUGGUGGCAUAACUUUCGUUGUAGCACUUCUUUUCCUUGGGUAUUGCCCGGCUGUGGUGGUGGGAACUCUCCUGGGUCGCUACGGCUAUCGACGACAUGUACUCAUGCCACGUAGUCAACGUAGUUUGCCGCAUGUGAAUCAAAUUCCACGACUUAUACCACCGCCACCAAAUUUUUUGCUGUCGACCAAGGUGUUUGUCUUUCUCUGUGGUUCAAUGCCGUUCGGCUCAAUUGCAUUUGAGCUUUGCCUCGUGUUGAACUCCCUGUGGCUAAACAAGCUAUAUUACUUUUACACGCUUUUAUUAUUGACGUUUGUUGUAUUUGCGGUAGUUACAUCGUGUGUCGCCAUCACCGCCACAUACGUGCUGCUGAACAUAGAGAACCACCGCUGGCCGUGGAUGUCGUUUGGCUUCGGUGCAUCUAGUGGAUUUUACGUCUACCUCUACUCUAUUUACUUUUACGUCUACCGCACCACAAUGAGUGGGUUUUUUACACUUGUCUUUUACUUCAUUUAUUCUGCCACGCUGUCGGCGGCCAUUGGACUUAUGGGCGGCGCCGUUGCGUUUCUCGCGGCCUCCCUCUUUAUUAAAACGAUGUACGCCUUUGUGAAGUCUGACUGA